CAUACUCCUGUAUUUAUUUAAGAAUAGCCUAAGCUUACUUCUUAUUCCUUUUACUGUGAUUAUCCUCUAAUAACAGACAUGGUAUCUUCUAAAGGCGCUGUCUAAUGAUUCAGUCAUCUCGAGUUACUAUCCAGACGAGUUUUUAGACACGUCGGUAUUCAGCUUCCGUCGAACACAAAAGGCAGGGCGAAAAGGUCCCCGAGGCCCAAAUACCAGCGAUGCAUUCGCUUCCGCCUCAUGUCGCGGCUGAAACCAGAGGCCCUGCUAUGAUGGCAGUCAUGUAUUCAUUCACAGCCCUGUCAUCCCUCGCUGUCGUAGGCAGGGUCCUUUCGAGAUAUAAAAAGCUCGGUCGCUUAGCUAUCGAUGACUACGUUAUAAUCCUGUCUCUUGGAUUUGUGUUCGCCUACGUAGCUUGCUGGACUGCCGCCAUCCUCGCCGGUAGUGGCCGCCACCAGGCGGCUCUGACCGUCGACGAAUUCGACCGUUCUGUCUUCUUCCUGAUGAUCGGCCUGAUCCCAGGAGUGCUGUCGCUCGCGCUGCCCAAGUUCGCUGUCGUCAAUCUGCUGGUCAAGAUCCUCUUCCCAUCACCACGGCACGUUCAGUUGCUUUGGGGCCUCGCAAUCGCAAACCUUGUCCUUAUGCUCGGUGCCUUCGGCGUCCGAUUCUCAGAGUGCGACCCACCAGAGGCUCAAUUCACUCUACAUGCCCCUGCCAAGUGCCGUAGCUCGACUGCCAUAGUCGUCUAUUCUGUUAUUGUCGGAUCAUUCUCCGCCGUGGUAGACUUCUACCUUGCUCUAUACCCAGCGGUAGUGCUGUGGUCGUUACAAAUGCACCUGAAAAAGAAAUUGGCCCUUAGUGUGGCCCUUGGCUUUGGUGUCUGUGCUGGCUGUGCUGCUAUACGCAAAGUCAUGGCGGUUCCAGGUAUGGGAGACGGCAGAGACUAUACUUAUGCUUCAGGGAGUCUUGUGAUCUGGAUAAGUGUCGAAACAAACUCUGUCAUAAUAGCCGCGUGCAUCCCAAUGCUGCUGCCCUUACUUGAACUAUUAUUUGGAAAGAAGUUCUUGUCAGCGCCACCCUUAGCGUCUUUGAGUCGACUAAGUGUUGAAAAGCCUAGAAGAAGGGGAAGAAGUCUCAGCGGAACCGACAGCACAGCCGAGACGGAGAGGCGGGGAACAAGAGACGAGGUGGAGGAACGUAUGGGGGCCGUCCUACUCCUCAAGGAACCGGGCCCAGAUGAAGAAGGCGGCCAGAGCCAGAGGGCAGACAAUAUUCCUCGACGUAGGCUACAGCAUACCUAGGGUGCUAUCAUUCCAGCAAUCAGUAUCGCACAGAACUUCGGAUCAUACCUGGCUGCAACAACUAUACGGCCUCUUUAUCUAGAAAGGUCUCGUAUGUCCGUUGGGAUCUCAGCGAUAUGGUUUCUGAGAAGCUUACGGAGGACCGGGUUUAAAUGAACGAAGAGGCAUUAUCCGUAAAUGUCUUGUCAAAUACAACAGAAAAGCUGGGACCAAUAGUCAUUUCUCAAUUGAAUC